GCAUUAUUUCAAAAGUUGUCGUUGUCGUCACCCAGAACAUCGGUCAUGGUGCGUUUAACUCGUAAAGAACGACAGGACAAAAUCAAUUUGCUGGCCAGCAUCAAUAAGGUCAACAGCGAUGAAGUGGAUGCCACAGAUAAUGAUGCUUACAAAGAUGGUGCCGAUGGGAAACCACCAAAAUUGGAACGUUCCUCAACAAACGAAAUAUUUCUCAAGGGUCUUCUGCUGAGCAAUCCCUCCACGCCGAACAAAGAACUUUUGUUGAAUCCGACCGAACCACAACCAGUUCCUGCAUUUUUGCCAGCACAUUUAAAUAACAAACCUAUCUGUGACGAUAUCAUUAGGAAAUUUUCACCAUCCAGACGUUUGGAAUCGAGGGAAUUGGCAAAACUUUUGGCACAACCACAUUUUAGGGCCCUCAUUCGUGCCCACGAUGAAAUAGGUUAUCUCUACGAAGCACGUUUAAAAGCUGCCGGUGGUUCUCUGACAAAACUUGAAGAAAUCUCACAACGUAAAUCAGGUGGCUAUCUAUUCUCUCCCGAUUUGUUUGCAACAAAAAUGCCGAUCGAAACAAUAAAAAUGGUUGGAUUGCGACGCAAUCCAAAUCAACCGCUGGGUCUCACCGUCGAAGUGGAUGAACAUAAACAGCUGGUGGUAGCACGUAUUUUAGCUGGUGGUGUUAUCGAUAAACAAGGUCUAUUACAUCCUGGUGAUGUUAUAUUAGAAGUAAAUGGUACUCCUGUACAUACCCCUGAAGAAUUACAGGUCGAAGUAUCGCGGGCUAAGGAAAAUCUCACAUUGAAAAUUGGUCCAAAUGUUGAGGAAGAAAUUAAAUCGGCACGUCUACAAAGGGGCCAGGUAAAACAAAAUGGUGUUGCUAAAAUUGAACCGGGCAAAAAACUGACGUGUUACAUGCGUGCCUUAUUUACAUAUAAUCCAUCCGAAGAUUCCCUAUUACCCUGCAAGGAUAUUGGUUUGACAUUUAAAUCGGGCGAUAUUUUACAGAUCAUCAAUGUCAAAGAUCCCAAUUGGUGGCAAGCCAAAAAUAUAACUGCUCAAAGUGAUCAGAUUGGUUUGAUACCAUCUCAGGAAUUGGAAGAGAGACGUAAGGCGUUUGUGGCUCCCGAAGCUGAUUAUGUGCACAAAAUUGGUAUUUGUGGAACGAGGAUCUCAAAACGUAAACGUAAGACUAUGUAUCGUUCGGUGGCAAAUUGUGAAUUUGAUAAGGCUGAACUAAUGUUAUACGAAGAAGUGACACGCAUGCCACCGUUCCGUAGAAAAACUUUGGUAUUAAUUGGUGUCUCAGGUGUGGGUCGACGAACUCUCAAAAAUCGUUUGGUUAACAGUGAUCCAGAUCGUUUUGGUUAUGUUAUACCACACACCACCCGUCCCAAGCGUGCCCUUGAAGAGAACGGUGUCAGCUAUUGGUUUGCCGAUCGUGAAUGGAUGGAACAGGAAAUCAAAGAGAAUCGUUUCUUAGAAUAUGGUGAACACAAUGGCAAUCUCUAUGGCACACACAUACAAUCGAUAAAGGAUGUCAUCAAUAGCGGUCGAAUGUGUGUAUUAGACUGUGCACCGAAUGCAUUGAAAGUUUUACACAAUAGUCAAGAUUUGAUGCCAUUUGUUAUAUUUAUUGGGGCACCGGGUAUGGAACAAUUAAAAUCAAUUUAUGCCGAACGUCGUGCAACCGGUUCAAAUAAGAAUUUGACGUUUGAUCGUCAAAGUUCAAUACGUUUUAGUUCGAGGCGUGCCCGUACCUUGGAAUCAUUGGCAUCUUUAUAUGAGGAUGACGAUCUAAUAUCCACCGUUGAGGAGAGUGCAUUUGUACAACGAAAAUAUGAAAAAUACUUCGAUAUGGUCAUAGUCAACGAAGAUUUUGAUGACACGUUCCGACAAGUUGUGGAGACACUUGAUGAGAUGAGUCAUCAAGAACAAUGGGUGCCAGUUAAUUGGAUAUAUUAAAAAAAAUACUU